AUGGCUGAAACCAUGGCAAGCAACCAGGACAUAUUCAUGUGCUCUAUCUGUUUGGAUUUUCUAAAGGACCCGGUGACUCUUAAUUGUGGACACAAUUACUGUGCGGGCUGUAUUGAGGACUGCUGGAAUGAGGAAGACGUGAAGGGCAUUUACAGCUGUCCCCAGUGCAGAAAGACUUUCAAUCAAAGACCCGAUUUAAACAAGAAUGUCAUAAUUGCUGAGCUCGUGGAUCAAAUGAGGAAGAGCAGAAUACAAACUGCAGCUCCCGUUGAAUGUGCUGCUGGACCUGGAGAUGUAGAAUGUGACGUCUGCACCGGCAGAAAACUAAAAGCUGUCAAGUCCUGUCUGGAGUGUCUGAAGUCGUACUGUGACAGUCAUUUGAAUGUUCACAAUGAACUUAUUGGUAGAAAUCACAACAUGGUCGAUGCCACUGGCCAGCUACAGGAGAUGGUCUGCCCCCGUCAUAAGAAGGUUUUUGAGAUAUUCUGCCGCACUGACCAGAGUUGCAUCUGUCUUCUUUGUAUGGUAGACGAUCAUAAAGGCCAUGACACAAUCACAGCAAAAGCAGAGUGGAGUCAUAAAAAGGAGGAGUUGGGGCAGAGCCAGAGGAGAUGCCAGCAGAUAAUCCAGUUGAAGGAGAAGGAGCUGCAGGAGCUGAGGAAGGCUGUGGAGACUCUCAAGUCUGGUGCACAGACAGCAGUGGAGGAGAGUGAGAGGAUGUUUACUGCGAUGAUCCGCUCCAUUGAGAGAAGGUGCUCUGAGGUGACAAAGCUGAUCAGAGCUCAGGAGAAGGCUGAGGUGAGUCGGGCCGAAGGACUCCUGAAGCGACUGGAGCAGGAGAUUGCUGAGCUGAAGAGGACAGAUGCUGAGAUGAAGCGGCUGUCACUGACACAGGAUCCCAUCCAUUUUCUCAAGAACAUUGUGUCCAUCACUGGUAGGCCUUUCAGCAGAAUGUCAACCAGUGUCACUUUCAGCCAAAGCUUCUCCUUGGAGCCCCUGAAGGAAUCUGUGUCUGCACUGAAGAUGCAGUUUGAGGAGAAAUUAGAUUCUGUCUUCAAGCAAGAAAUAGUCAAGAUAUCUGCAGCAGGUUUGACGACCCUAGAUACUGCUGAACCAGUGACCAGAGAGGACUUCUUACAGUAUUGCUGUCACUUCACUCUGGAUCCAAACACAGCACAUGAAGACCUCCAUCUGUCUGAGGGGAACAGGAGGGUGAAGAGUAGACCUGAGGCCCAGUCAUAUCCUGAUCAUCCAGACAGAUUUAAUUAUUAUGUUCAGGUGCUGUGUAGAGAGGGUGUGUCUGCACGCUGCUACUGGGAGGUUGAGUGGAGUGGAGAGGUUGGUAUAGCAGUGGGAUAUAAAAGCAUCAGCAGGAAAGGAGAUGGUAUGGAGUGUUUGUUUGGAGCUAAUGACCAGUCCUGGAAGCUGCACCUCAUCAGCUCCAGCUCCUCUUUUUGGCACAAUAGUAAACAGACUAAACUCCCUCUAGUGGCCAGCUCCAGAAUAGGAGUGUAUGUGGAUCACAGGGCAGGAACUCUGGCCUUCUACAGCAUCUCUGGAGACACAAUGACCCUCCUGCACAGAGUCCACACCACAUUCACACACACACUCUACCUUGGGUUUAUGGCAUGGGGUGGGUCAUCAGUGGAGCUGUUGUGA